AUGAAUGCGGAGUUUUCAGGCUGGAACGAUAAGGAAGACAGCGCCGCUGGUUCGGAAGUGAAGUUUGAUCCUUCGUUCGAAAGACAUGACCAGCAAGCAGCCAACGACGACUAUCCCAGUGUCGAAGACGUGACGGCAGCAGCAGUGGCCAAUGCGCAGCAACACCAUCACCAGGAUGGAGGGAACAGAGCAGACGGUUCGGGCUCCGGUCGUCCCAGCCAUGAAGAGCUGGUGAGAGCUGCUCACGAGGCCGUCGCAGCAGCAGCAGCUGUUUCACGUCUAGGAGAGCAACAGCAGAAUGCAGUGGGUGGAGUCGUCGGAGGAAGUGUAGCAGGCAACCUGGGGGUGGGUAGCAGUAGUGCUGCCGAUUUAGCCACUGCGCAAAACAGAAGUGCACAACGAGCCUUCAGACAGCGCAAACAGAAGUAUAUCACGGAGUUGGAGUCCAAAGCCGCAGAGACAGACACCUUGCGUCUGGAGCUUGAACGAUUGCGCGAAGAAAACAUGCAAUUGAGAGACUAUACCUUAGUCUUGCAGAGCAGGGUGAUUGAGUUGUCUGGUGGAGCCCAUGCCAUAGGGAGCGGGCCCGACGCUGGAGGCAUCCCAGCACCGCCCGUGUUUAGCAAGUACACAUCAGAGAAGUGAACAUAUGACGAUCAGAAUGAAGAUAUUAUAAGGUGAUAAUGAACAGAUGAUGAACAGACAUUAGGCAAAAACGACUGCGAAAUGAAAAUCACCAUUCAGCACAACAUUGAAAGAAGUU